AGGCGCAUGCGCUCCUCACAGAGGCCCGGGGGAGGCGGGGAGGCGCCCGACGCCGCGCCCCUCCCUCUCGUCCUGCCACUCAUGCCCAGCAGGGGGCGGUGCCGCAGCCGCUCGGAAGAACCGGUGGGCGUGGCUUUCCCCGCCGCCAACAACAACAACAACAGCAGCAGCCCCAGCUCCGAAGGCAGCGACGACAGCAGGGCCGAGGAGAUCUGGUGGCGCGCGCAGAGGCGGGCCAAGAUCCCCGCGGUACGCACGCCGCUCAGGCCGCCUCGCCCUCGGCUCGCGCAUGCGCAGGAGGGGGCGCCUUCAGAGCGCACGCGCGGAGGAGCAGGAGGCGGGGUUCCAUCUCUGGCCGCCAUGGAGCGGAAAGUUCUAGCCUUGCAAGCCAGGAAGAAGAGGACCAAAGCCAAGAAAGAAAAAGCCCAGAGAAAGCCUGAAACACAACAUCGAGGACCUGCUGCCCUUUCAGAGAAUGAUCAGCCUGAACAAGAAGAGGAAAUCCUGGGAUCAGAUGAUGAUGAGCAGGAGGAUCCCAAUGAUUAUUGUAAAGGGGGCUAUCAUCUUGUAAAAAUAGGAGAUUUAUUCAACGGAAGGUACCAUGUGAUCCGGAAGCUGGGAUGGGGACACUUUUCUACAGUGUGGUUAUCUUGGGACAUCCAGGGGAAGAGGCUUGUGGCAAUGAAAGUUGUAAAGAGUGCAGAACACUACACAGAAACAGCAUUAGAUGAAAUCAAGCUGCUGAAGUCUGUCCGCAACACUGACCCCGAUGAUCCAAACAGAGAGAGAGUGGUUCAGCUAUUAGAUGACUUCAAAAUCUCAGGAGUAAAUGGUUCUCAUAUUUGUAUGGUUUUCGAAGUUUUAGGGCACCAUCUUCUAAAAUGGAUCAUAAAAUCAAAUUAUCAGGGACUUCCACUACUUUGUGUAAAAAGAAUAAUCCAACAAGUUUUGCAAGGACUAGAUUAUUUACAUGCCAAAUGUCGGCUUAUCCAUACUGAUAUUAAACCAGAAAACAUUCUGCUGUGUGUUAAUGACCAAUACAUUCGCAGACUUGCUGCUGAAGCAACAGAGUGGCAAAGAUCUGGAGCGCCCCCUCCUUCUGGCUCUGCAGUGAGUACUGCACCACAGCCAAAACCAGCAGACAAAAUGUCCAAAAAUAAAAAAAGGAAAUUGAAAAAGAAACAGAAACGACAAGCAGAACUGCUGGAAAAGCGGAUACAGGAAAUUGAGGAGAUGGAGAAGGAAGCAAGCCCUCUGGAAGCUCAACCUGAAGACCAGCAAGAAGUUCCAAGGCCACUUGAGCUGCUUUUGAAAGAGAACCCCCCAGAUGAAGGAGUACCAGGAAAGACAGAAAAUAUUUCUCUUGUAUCAGAGCAAACAAUCUUAAUGGAAGGGGUUGAAAAAUGCCUAACAGAAAUAAAUUGUAAUGGAAUGGUGCAAAUGACUGCCUUUUCGGAUUCCAUUAACCAAGUGUCAGUGAGUAUUGAGGAAGACCUUCACAAUGCCAAUGACUGCAGUGGUCCCUCUCAGGAACAAGAAGAGGAUGAGACCUGUGCUUAUGAUCAAAGUAAUGGUGGCUCAGAGAACAGAAUACGAGAGGCAGUAUCAGAGUCCUGUGCAUCCUUAGUUUCAGAAGUUAUGGAUUCCAUGGUAUGCCAGGGAACAUCAAGUGAUGAACAGUAUUUCAGUGAGCAGCAAAUUAGCCACUUACAAGCGAGCAUCAGAGCAGAAAUACCUUCUGAGGAUGAGAAUGAGAAUAAUGGAUCUUCUGAGAACAAUAAAGGAAAAUCUGCUGCUGGAAAUUUCCUCCUUAAUCCUCUUGAGCCUGGGAAUGCAGAUAAGCUUAAAGUGAAGAUAGCUGAUCUAGGAAAUGCUUGCUGGGUGCAUAAACACUACACUGAGGAUAUUCAGACAAGGCAAUACCGAUCCUUGGAAGUCUUGAUUGGAGCAGGGUACAGCACUUCAGCUGAUAUUUGGAGCACAGCCUGCAUGGCCUUUGAAUUGGCUACAGGUGACUAUCUGUUUGAGCCUCACUCUGGUGAAGACUAUUCACGGGAUGAAGACCACAUUGCAUUAAUCAUAGAACUUCUGGGGAAAAUACCUCGCAAACUCAUUAUGGCUGGAAAAUAUUCCAAGGAGUUUUUCACCAAAAAAGGUGAUCUGAAGCACAUCACCAAACUGAAGCCGUGGGGCCUUUUUGAAGUUUUGGUGGAGAAAUAUGACUGGUCCCAAGAUGAGGCAGCUGCGUUCACAGACUUCUUAAUACCUAUGCUGGAGCUGAAUCCUGAGAAGAGAGCUACAGCGGCUCAGUGUCUCAGGCAUCCCUGGCUAAACUCCUAGAUGCUUCAAGCCUGGCACCAGGGCCCUCUAACUGGGUUUACAGCAUAAUAUAUAUAUAUACAGACAUAAAUGUCCCAGCUGCCCCUUCCCUCUUCUCCCAAGUCAUUUUUUUUCCUUGUUGAUUUUCAGAGCGAAGCUUCUCCUUGAGGACUUUUGAGAUUUUAGAUAAAUCUAACUGUUCAUGUGAGUUUGUGUACUUGACUCAGUAGGGACUGUUGUCAGCCAGUGGGCGUCCAUAUGUUUUGCUGUGAUUGGGGUUUGCCAAAGAGUUUUUAUGGGAAUGUGAAAUUACGCCCUCCUUCCUCUGACUCUCUUCCUUACUCAAGUACCUUACCCUUUGAAGUGUGGGCAAAUCUUCAUUGGAACACACUCCCUUUAACUAUAUUGCAGUCAUCCCAAGGGGGGUGUGAAGAGCUGUGAAUCCCUCUUUAGCUCACUGACUCCGGGAGUCAUUUUCUUAGUGCACAUCCAGUUGCUGACAGUAAGAGGAGAAAUGGCAGAUGGCACCAAGGUGGUAGCUCCAUGUGGAGCACUGAACUCAACUCAUUCCUUAGGUGUCUGUUCAGCUGCUUGGUAUUUUUUUUUCUUAUUAUUCUUUUCAAACAUACUUUUAUCUAGUUUUAGCCAUGGAAACUUUUGAAAAUGCCUGUAUGAAAUAUGCGCAUACCUAUAUAUAUAUAUAUUUAAGCACUAUUUUUGUUCCCUCAUUGUUCAGAUGAUUUACCGAGCCCAGUAGUGAAAUAAGCUGCUCUCCAAAACUCAAUUGGGUGUACUUGAGUAGUUUCACAAAGCAAUGGGAAGUGGUAAAAGGAACAGUCUCUGCAACAGAGGUGAGGAAUGUGCAGUCCUUUAGAUGAGGGAUUGCAACUCCAUGAUCCCACCUCACUGUUAGCUAUGCUAACUAGGACUGAUAGGAGUUGCUGUUCUUCUAAAAAUUAUGGAUCUAUGCAUUUGUUGGCUGCAGGAGGGUAACCCACUUGCCCGGUUCUGUGCCAAACCUGCCCAACAUUAAAACCCUAGGCAAAAAUGUGGUCUGCCAACUUUGUACUGUGGCCUAGGAGCUGCAUGAAAAAUGCAUAUAUUUCUCCAAUUCAAACCGGGUUACAAAAACAGAAGUAUUGUCAAGGAUGGGACUGGCCACUUUGUCAUGUGGGUCUGCCUUAUGCCAUCAGUGCUAUUAUAUGGGCCUUGUGUAAAAUUGGACAUUUAGGAGAGAGCAGUUUUCAGGGGAAAAAAAUAGGAUAUAUCCUUAUUCUUUCAUUACUCAAAAGGAAAUAUGGUAUUAGUUGAUUAGGUUGUCUUUCUAGCCAUUCUCUGUGCCCAUACUUUCCCACUGCAUUUCCAGAAGUUAAAGGAUUUAAUGGUAUGUAGCCUGUCAAUUUGUUCAAAGUGUUGGACUAGAAAUGAUCUUUCCGGAAAUAUUUUUUUUCUUAUGUAUUAACAUCAGGAGAAAUAAUGUUAUUUUUCUUACCCAGAGAUAAAGGGUUAAAUUCACUUUUCCAGAAUUGUUAAAAAUUUGGUAGGUCAACCAAACACAUAUUAAAUGCCUAUAAAAGGUGAGUUAGCCAUGACUUGCCCACCUAAACGUUCUUAUUAUAUCAGAAAAAUUAUGUAGUACUAGUUUUACAGUGAUUAUCUCUUGAGCUUCAAGAGGUUGUCAGAAGAUCCCCUGCUCCCUGCUCUAAUGUUAGGUUUUAGGAAGUUGGGAAGUUCAACAGCCUUUCUUGACCAUGGACCAAAUAGGCUUUUGAGGUAAUUAAAAUUUCCAGGCCUGAAACCCCUGGAAGAUUCAGAUUUCCAGGCACCGUGUAAGACAAAAGCUGCCAGCAAUGAAACACUUUUCUCAAUGUCUACUCUCCAUAUUUCUCAUACACAAAUAUGUGGCACAGUUUUAUUUUUGAUUUUUAAAAUUAAAAUGGAACUACCAUAUCUCCUUCGUGUUCUAAAUUGGCCAUGCUAUCAUAUGAUGCCUGACAGGGGGUUUAGUGGAAUCUGUGCUGUAUGACCAUUUAAGAGAUGUUAAGUAAGGUUCUCUGUGCAUAACCUUAAGAUGAAAAGGAACACAUUAAGUUUUUAAAUUAUAUUCCUGUUAUCUGGAGUAUCUCCCUUACCUCCCAAAAGCACUUCUGUGCCUGUCUAAAAAAGAUUUUAAGAUGGGACUAGAAUGUAUAAUAAUACUUUCUCUUAAAUAACUGUGAAAACUUGUCGGCAGGGAGACAUGAAUUUCCAGUGUCAACACAACCAUCUUGGCUACCUGAAUGGUGCAAAAUGUAUCUUUUGGAUCUAAUACAGGUUCUGCUCCAUAGAAUAUGAGCUGUUGCUAUGUCUUUUGUACUAAAAGAGACAUACUGGCAUAGUAUAAAUGGUGACUUGUCAGGAUUGCCUCUGUAUUUUGUGGCUAUCAGAUUCACUCAACUUCCAAAUUGCCAUAAAGUGCUCACUAAUCAAUUUGUACUUGUUUUGUUGACCUAAAACCUGAAGGAAAAACAAAUACAUUUUUAUUCUUUCUA